AUGAGUUCAAAAGAUAAAAAUUUAUUUAGUGAUAAUAGUAGUGAUGAGGGGAGGCAAAAAAAACGUUUGAAAAAAGUCUCAGAUAAUUUAUUUGACGACAAUGAUGAUAAUAACUCGGAUGCACGAAGUGUUGUUGAAAUUAAAGAUGACAGUGAUGAAGAACAAGAAAAAGGAAGUUCUACUACUAAAAGUACAACUAACAAAUCCUUUGAAAAAAAUACAUCAAAAAAACCUGCAUAUUAUGAUAUAUCAUCAUAUUUUAAACCCGUUCCAAAAAAUACAGGGAAAACACAAACCUCAAAUAAUUCAAACGCCAGUACCAACAAUACACGAAAUAAUGAAGGAAAUAAAAUACCCCUUGAAAAUGUUGAUGAUUAUUUUAAAAUAGUUGAAACAGGAUCAAAAAAUAUAACAACAAAUCCAAAAAGAGAAAGAAGUCAUGAUUCAGAUCUUUUAGAACAUAAUAGAUCUAAAAAAAAACAUGCAUCCAUCGAAGAUUGUAUUCUUUUACCCAAAAGUGAAAAUGAUGUAUCUCAAAAUUUUGAUUACUUACCUUUUAUAAAUAAAAAAUUUGUUCUUACAGGGGUUUUUAAAUCUUUCACUAGAGAUGAAUUACAAAGUAAAAUUAAAGAACAUGGAGGAAGUGUAAUGUCUGCUGUCUCAUCAAAAACACACUAUCUUAUACAUGGUGAAUAUUUAGAAGAUGGACGAUUAUACAAUGAAGGUAAAAAAUAUCAAAAAGCUUAUGAACUCUCUAAACAAUCUAAAUCUAUUAUUAAAAUAUUAAAUGAAGAUGAAUUAUUAGAACUUCUUCCAAAAGAUAAAAAUGAUAAUUCACAAACUCAACAUAAUAAUAUCGAAACUAAUAAUAUACCAAAUAAAAAUCUUAAAGAUGAAAAAGAAUAUUCUAACUAUCCUAAUACAAAUCAAAACACAAAUGCCCCACAAAUUUUAAAUCAAUUAUGGGUAGAUAAAUAUAAACCUACUAAAAUUGAAGACUUAGUAGGAAAUACUCAAAAUAUUUUUAAAUUACAAUCAUGGUUAUCAAGCUGGGAUGAUGUAUGUAUAAAGGGAUUAAAAAAACAAGUUACUAAAACUUUUAGAGGAACUUUUGAAAAUAUAAAUGCAAGAUGCGCAUUAUUAAGUGGCCCUGCUGGAAUAGGAAAAACAACUACUGCUAAAAUUGUUUCACAAAGUUCAGGAUAUAAUGUUAUUGAAUUCAAUGCAUCCGAUGAAAGAAAUAAAGCAGCUGUUGAAAAAAUUGGAGAAAUGGCUACAGGAGGCUAUUCUAUUACUUCAUUAAAUAAUAAAAGUUUGAAAAAAACUUGUAUUAUUAUGGAUGAGGUUGAUGGAAUGUCUAGUGGUGAUAAAGGUGGUAGUUCUGCUAUAUUAAAAUUAAUAGAAAAAACAAAAUGCCCAAUCAUAUGUAUAUGUAAUGAUAGACAAAACAGUAAAAUGCGAACAUUAGCUAAUAAAUGUUAUGAUCUAAAAUUUACAACACCAAAUAAAAAUAGUGUAGUUAAAAGAUUAUUAGAAAUAUGUAAAAAAGAAAAUCUUAUGAUGGAACCCAAUGCUUUAGAAUUAUUAUGGGAAAGUUCAAAUGGAGAUAUAAGACAAAUACUUAAUGCUUUACAAUUAUUAUCUAGAACAUAUAAAAGAAUACAAUUUUUAGACAUAAAAAAAGAUAUUAAUAAUUCAAAUAAAAAUGUACAAUCAUUAGCAAACCCUUUUGAAAUAACACUCAAAUUAUUAAAUUUUCAUGAAUCAUCAAAAUUAAAAAUAAGAGAAAUUAUGGAUCUAUUUUUUGUAGAUUAUGAAUUAAUACCAUAUUUUAUAAGUGAAAAUUAUACAAAUAUUUUUAAUGAUACUGAUAAAUCACCUAAUGCUAUAAAUAAAUGGAAUACCUUUGCACAAAUCUCUUAUGAUCUAUCUUUAGCAGAAAAAAUUAAAUAUAAUUUAAAAACAACUAUGGAUUAUUCAUUGUUGCCACAUUUUUCAAUCUUAUCUUGUGUAUGCCCUGUUAUGAGAAUAAGGACUUUAAAAUCAUUUAUGCAAGGUAGAAUAAAUUUCCCAUCUGCUUUUGGAAAAAUAUCAACAUUUAAUAAAAAUAAAAGAUUACUAAAUGAAUUAUGUUUUAAUUUAUCUUACAAACUUAAUGUUUAUCCAAAAUAUAUGAUAACUAGUGGAUUCCUAAAUUAUAUAUAUUAUAAAAUUGUUGUACCACUACAAAAAAAUAAUAUAACUGAAUCUGUAGAAUUAAUGGAACAAUAUAAUAUUACAAAAGAAAUGGUAACUGAUAAUAUACCAUCUUUAAGAUUACCAUCACAAGAAAAUCUAUAUGAUAAAUUAGAUUCAAAAGUUAAAGCAGCUUUUACUCGACAAUAUAAUGCAACUCAUGUUGUUAAAAACGAUCCAAAUGCCGUUAAAAAAAGUCUUAAAUCUAUUGAUAAAAAAUCAACUUAUAAAAAUAAUGAAAAUGAAAUAGAUGAAGAUAUAGACGAUUUAAGUGACUCAAAAGAAGACAAAGAUGAUGAUGCUUUAGUUAAAACUAAGCUUGAUAAAAAAAAUACACCCAAAAAUAAAUCAAAUACAAAACCUAAAACUUCAAAAAAAAAAUAA